GAGCAGGGGGCCGGCCGCGGCUCCCACUCUCCGUGUGGCCCCCUGAGCGCCCCCCCUCCCCUGCCCGGGAGGGAGGCGGGGGGCACCCGGGGCCCGCCAUGAACCCCGGGUUCGAUUUGUCCCGCCGGAACCCGCAGGAGGACUUCGAGCUGAUUCAGCGCAUCGGCAGCGGCACCUACGGCGACGUCUACAAGGCACGGAAUGUUAACACUGGUGAAUUGGCAGCAAUUAAAGUAAUAAAACUGGAACCAGGAGAAGAUUUUGCAGUUGUACAGCAAGAAAUUAUUAUGAUGAAAGACUGUAAACACCCAAAUAUUGUUGCUUAUUUUGGAAGCUAUCUCAGGCGAGAUAAACUUUGGAUAUGCAUGGAGUUUUGUGGAGGUGGUUCUUUACAGGAUAUUUAUCAUGUAACGGGACCUCUGUCAGAACUGCAAAUUGCAUAUGUUAGCAGAGAAACACUACAGGGAUUAUACUAUCUUCACAGUAAAGGAAAAAUGCACAGAGAUAUAAAGGGAGCUAACAUUCUGUUAACGGAUAAUGGUCAUGUAAAAAUAGCUGAUUUUGGAGUAUCUGCACAGAUUACAGCUACAAUUGCCAAACGGAAAUCUUUCAUUGGUACACCAUAUUGGAUGGCUCCAGAAGUCGCAGCUGUUGAGAGGAAAGGGGGUUACAACCAGCUCUGUGACCUCUGGGCUGUGGGAAUCACUGCCAUAGAACUUGCGGAGCUUCAGCCGCCUAUGUUCGACUUGCACCCAAUGAGAGCGUUAUUUCUAAUGACAAAAAGUAAUUUUCAGCCUCCUAAACUAAAAGAUAAAAUGAAAUGGUCAAAUAGUUUUCAUCAUUGUAAAAUGGCACUCACCAAAAAUCCAAAGAAAAGACCUACUGCUGAGAAGUUACUACAGCACCCUUUUGUCACACAACCUUUGACACGGUCUUUGGCAAUCGAACUGUUAGAUAAAGUGAAUAAUCCAGAUCAUUCCACCUACCGAUUUGAUGAUGAUGAUCCUGAGCCUCUUGUUGCUGUACCACAUAGAAUUCACUCAACGAGUAGAAAUGUAAGAGAAGAAAAAACCCGCUCGGAGAUAAACUUUGGCCAAGUAAAAUUUGAUCCACCCUUAAGGAAGGAGACAGAACCACAUCAUGAACUUCCCGACAGUGAUGGUUUUGGACAGUCAGAAGAAAUAUACUACACUGCAAGAUCUAAUCUGGAUCUACAACUAGAAUAUGGACAAGGCCACCAAGGUAGUUACUUUUUGGGUGCAAACAAGAGUCUUCUGAAGUCUGUUGAAGAAGAAUUACAUCAGCGAGGGCACGUGGCACAUUUAGAAGAUGAUGAAGGGGAUGAUGAUGAAUCCAAGCAUUCAACCAUGAAAGCAAAAGUUCCACCUCCUUUGCCACCAAAGCCUAAGUCCAUAUUCAUACCACAGGAAACUCAUUCUACUGAGGAUGAUAAUCAAGGAACUAUCAAGAGAUGUCCUAUGUCAGAGAGCCCAGCAAAACCAUCCCAAGUUCCACCCAGACCACCACCUCCCAGAUUACCUCCACAAAAGCCAAUUGCUUUAGGAAAUGGAAUGAGCUCCUUCCAGUUAAAUGGUGAACGAGAUGGUUCAUUAUAUCAACAACAGAAUGAACAUAGAGGCACAAACCCUUCAAGGAAAGAAAAGAAAGAUGUACCAAAGCCUAUUAGUAACGGUCUACCCCCAACACCUAAAGUACAUAUGGGUGCAUGUUUUUCAAAGGUUUUUAAUGGAUGUCCCUUGAAAAUUCACUGUGCAACAUCAUGGAUAAACCCAGAUACAAGAGAUCAGUACUUGAUAUUUGGUGCUGAAGAAGGAAUUUAUACUUUGAAUCUUAAUGAACUUCAUGAAACAUCGAUGGAACAGCUAUUCCCCCGAAGGUGUACAUGGUUAUAUGUGAUGAACAAUUGCUUACUGUCAAUAUCUGGUAAAGCUUCUCAGCUUUAUUCCCAUAAUUUACCAGGGCUUUUUGAUUAUGCAAGACAGAUGCAAAAGUUACCUGUUGCUAUUCCAGCACACAAACUCCCUGACCGAAUACUGCCAAGGAAAUUUGCUGUAUCAGCAAAAAUCCCUGAAACCAAGUGGUGUCAGAAAUGUUGUGUUGUGCGAAAUCCUUACACAGGCCAUAAGUACCUAUGUGGGGCGCUUCAGACUAGCAUUGUUCUAUUAGAAUGGGUUGAACCAAUGCAGAAAUUUAUGUUAAUUAAGCACAUAGAUUUUCCUAUACCUUGUCCGCUUCGAGUGUUCGAAAUGCUGGUAGUUCCCGAACAGGAGUACCCUCUCGUCUGUGUUGGCGUCAGCAGAGGGAGAGACUUCAACCAGGUGGUUCGAUUUGAAACUGUCAACCCAAAUUCUACCUCUUCGUGGUUUACAGAGUCAGAUAGCCCACAGACAAGUGUUACUCACGUAACCCAAUUGGAGAGAGAUACCAUUCUUGUAUGCUUGGAUUGUUGUAUAAAAAUAGUAAAUCUCCAAGGAAGAUUAAAAUCUAGCAGAAAAUUAUCAUCUGAGCUCACCUUUGAUUUCCAGAUUGAAUCAAUAGUUUGCCUACAAGACAGUGUGCUAGCUUUCUGGAAACAUGGAAUGCAAGGUAGAAGUUUUAGAUCUAAUGAGGUAACACAAGAAAUUUCAGAUAACACAAGAAUUUUUAGGCUGCUUGGAUCCGACAGGGUCGUGGUUUUGGAAAGUAGGCCAACUGAUAACCCCACAGCAAAUAGCAAUUUAUACAUCCUGGCGGGUCAUGAAAACAGUUACUGAGAAAUGUUGUGCUUUGACAGUUAACGCCAGAAAAGAAGGACACUACCGCGGCAACAUUAACGAAUGCUUGAAGCUGUACAAAGGCUGCAGUGACCUGGCUUCAGUUACUUGUAAUUUAUUGUGGCAUGAGACAAGAUGGGGGAAAUUUCUGUUUUAAGUGGUAUGGAUAUAUUUAGCAUAUUGAACCACACAAGUGCUUAAUUCAUUGUUAAUGUAAUCUUUGUACAUAUAGGCAGUAUUUUUCUGUGAAACUUCAUAUUGCUGAAGACAUACACUAAGAAUUUAUGUAGAUAAUGUACUUUUAUGAGAUGUACAAGUGAGUGUCUUAUCUGUACAGAUGUAAAUGUUGAUGAAAAAUGCAAUUGGGGUUAAUAUUUUAAGAAUUCUUUAGUAUAUUCUUGGGUGUGGCUAUAUUACAAAACGGGAUGCUGGCAAUGAAACAGUACAUUUAACACUAUUGUAUUUUUAUUAUAUGUAAUUUAGUAAUAUGAAUAUAAAUCUUGUAACUUCCAAAUUGUAAUGGAGGCUAUAAUCAUUUUAUAAUCUUGUUUUUAAUUUUAAUGCAAGUACACUGGUGUUUAUAUUUGCACAGAGUAUUGAUACGUGAUGUAUUAAGUCACAAAAGUAAGCUGUGACAAUGUCAAUAUGCAUUUGGCCCCACAACAUCUUUUUUAAAUGUCUUUGGAUUGUUUUCUAUGUGAAACAAACCAAUUAACCACCUGUUGUAGUAACUGGUCUUUUUAUAUUUAAGCAGAAUCCUGUAAGAUUGUUUGUGCUUAAAAAUAUACCUUUGAAAAAAUUUUGAAUCAGAGAAUAGCGGUACCUAUAAUAGUGACGCUGCAAUUGUUGUCAGAAUUACAGUGUGCACAAAGAAUAAAUCAGCGUUAUUAGAGUCCACACUAAACAUUUCAUAUAGUCACGUUGAAGAACUAUAACAUUCCAUCGAGUGGAGUGGUUCAAAUUUCUAGUGGGAUUUUUACUUUGGUUGGCCUUAUUUUAUGCUCGUUUUCCUAUUUCUUUUGACUUAGAGUAUUAAUACAUGGCCAAAAUAAUUUAGUUACUACCUCAUAUAAACAAUAUAAUGGUUACUACACAUCACAGGAACUUAGCUUUGGUUUAAAGUCAUUUUUGAUUGCUUUUUUCCAAUGGAAUAUGUAUAUACCAAGUUUUAGCAAAAAUGCACACUCUGGCUCUUUUUUGGUAUAUGUUCUUUAUAUUUUAAUGUGGGUAUAUACACUAGGAACAAACUAAAUUGUGAUUUAUGGUCUUCACUUAUUUUAAUUGAUAAUGCUUUUAAAUAUGUUUUUGAUUGUACAUAGUGUAAAAUAAACAUGUUUUUUAA